UCUCGCCCGUUUUUGUCUCCCUUUGUCAAUGUUCGGUUGCAUACGCCGAGGUUUCAGGGUUCUUUUCUGUUGAGCUGCGCCACGCGGGGCGUUGAGUGUUACCUGUGUCGGAGCUAGUCGGCGAUUGUAGCUCGGUGCGCUUUAGGAUUGAUUUUGGUUGAUUUUUGAGUUGGGGAGCGGGUUUGGGAUGGUGUGCGGUUUCGGGAUCAUUGAAGAUCAGUUGAUGCGGGGGAUGUCACGGUUAAAAUGGUCGCCAAAGAUGAAGCUACUGGAGGUUACGAGUGCCAGCCACUGCUUGAGUAUCGAACUGUAUCCGGUGUAGCAGGGCCACUUGUCAUUCUAGAGAAAGUCAAGGGACCUAAGUACCAAGAAAUUGUGAACCUUCGUUUGGGUGAUGGCACGCGUCGAAGGGGUCAGGUUCUGGAGGUGGAUGGUGACCGAGCUGUCGUGCAGGUUUUUGAAGGAACCUCGGGUAUCGAUAACAAGCACACUACCAUUGAGUUCACUGGAGAGGUGCUGAAAACACCAGUCUCGUUAGACAUGCUGGGACGUAUUUUCAAUGGUUCUGGCAAACCUAUUGACAACGGCCCUCCAAUUCUUGCAGAAGCUUAUCUGGACAUUUCAGGUGCAUCGAUCAAUCCUAGUGAGCGGACGUACCCAGAGGAGAUGAUUCAAACAGGAAUAUCUACGAUUGAUGUCAUGAACUCUAUUGCUCGAGGGCAAAAGAUCCCUCUCUUUUCUGCUGCUGGUCUUCCUCACAACGAGAUUGCUGCACAAAUCUGUCGGCAAGCUGGCCUUGUCCAGCGGUUGGAGAAGGAGAAAAAUCUCUUGGAGGAUGAGCCCGGAGAAGACAACUUCUGUAUUGUUUUCGCCGCUAUGGGAGUGAACAUGGAAACUGCCACUUUCUUCAAACGCGAUUUUGAAGAAAAUGGAUCCAUGGAGAGAGUGACACUUUUUCUCAAUUUGGCUAAUGAUCCAACAAUUGAGCGUAUUAUCACACCUCGAAUUGCACUUACAACUGCUGAGUACUACGCUUAUGAGUGUGGAAAGCACGUUCUGGUCAUCCUGACGGAUAUGAGUUCAUACGCAGAUGCAUUGCGUGAGGUUUCUGCAGCUCGUGAAGAAGUACCUGGGCGUCGUGGAUAUCCUGGUUACAUGUACACGGAUCUUGCCACUAUUUACGAACGUGCUGGGCGAAUUGAGGGCCGCAAAGGGUCUAUCACUCAGAUUCCCAUUCUAACUAUGCCUAACGAUGAUAUUACCCAUCCUAUUCCUGAUCUUACAGGAUACAUUACAGAAGGUCAAAUUUACGUGGAUCGGCAGUUACAAAAUAGACAGAUCUACCCACCUAUCAAUGUGCUGCCAUCUCUGUCGCGAUUGAUGAAGAGUGCUAUAGGACAGGGGAUGACUCGAAAGGAUCAUUCCGAAGUUUCCAAUCAGUUGUACGCAAAUUAUGCUAUCGGGAAGGAUGUGCAAGCCAUGAAGGCUGUGGUGGGAGAGGAAGCCUUGUCUUCAGAAGAUCUGUUGUAUCUCGAGUUCCUUGACAAGUUCGAGCGGAAGUUUGUCGCCCAAGGUCCUUAUGAUACCCGUGACAUUUUCCAGUCACUGGACCUUGCCUGGUCAUUGCUUCGAAUUUUCCCUCGGGAGCUUCUGCGUCGUAUACCUGCCAAGACCCUAGAUGAAUUUUACAGCCGGAACUCAGACAAUUAAUUGGUCUGGCGGAGCUUUGGAUUCAAAUAGGGUGUAUCUCUCCUAGCCUAGAAUUCGUGUGUUUUUCUUUUUUGUAAUGUUGCUUCACCGAAGUAUUUGAGCAUGCUCGGUAGACUUGUUCGUCUUUCUACCGCAAGGUGCCCUCGAUCAGGUUCUGCAAUUCCCUGAUCUUAGCAAAGAGCACUGAAUUUUGGUGGAAACGCUGGUGGUGGUCAUUGUCAAGUGUGCGACAAGUUUGGCUUUUGGGUAGACAGGAACUAUAAAAGUAGGAAAAUAUUCUUUGCUAGUACUAACAGACCGUUGCUUACUAGCUUUAUAAACUGUUAUGUGUUUCCAAGCUUUAACCUUGUGGAAUUCUCAACUUUUAUCUUGUGAACCAUGUCCUUA